AUGUUGACAGGCUCACAGAAACUAGGCAGAUUAGGAGCAAAUCCGGUCUUGCAUUUCGUGGAAGUUGAGAGAAGCUUGGGGUGGAAUGUCGAUCCUUUUACCAGGCUGCACAGGUUUCGCGAUCGAAGAAUCGAUACUACUGAGAUUUAUCAUCACUGUCUGACAGCCCUUGGCCGUGUCGGCAAAUCUCCGGCUUGGGUAGAACGGAUCGCGGAAGACAAGCUCGGCUUCCUCAGCUCGCUUGCCUUAGCCUCUGCACAUCUUGAUCUUCUUCGAGGUCUGGACGUGGAAAGUGCUGCCACAAUUGCCGCAAAGUGCGAAGUGCUGCAGAUGAUACGCAACUCGACGAUGAAGGAGGCUGCAAUGCCAUCGGACAUGACGUAUAUUGCGAUCACUCAGCUGAUCUCUGCCGAAAUAGUCUUCGGGAACCGAGACGUCUCUGUGACGCACAUGAAUGGCUUGUUGAGCAUCGUGAAUCUCAGAGGAGGCCUUAGCAAAAUUGGUUGGAGUGACGAGAUGGGGGCGAUGUCCGCAGGGAAAAUCAUGAUCGUCGCAAUAAGCUACGACAUUGAUUGCCCAGACGUUUUCUUGAAUGCGUCAUUCUCGCUUCAGCCACACUUGCCGAACCUGUGCCAGCAUGUUCCCGAAUCGCCCGCGUAUUGGAAGAGCGAGGAUCUUUCAACUCUUCGACGCGCAAAGCAUUGCAGCCCAGAAAUGCGCGGUAUCUUGAUCGAAGCCAGGGCUCUUACGGGAUUGUUCUUGGAGACGUUCUGCGUCGUACAAAACGAAGAGCCAAGGAGAGAAGCAUUCAGCUUCCAGUCAAGCGCUGCCGCGGUGCAAGCAAGACUCCUUCGACGACGAGCUAACUCUGGAAACCCUUAUUACGAGAUUGUACGUUUGGCCGCCCUUGUGUAUGCGACUUCCCUUCUACAUCGGAUUCCGCUCGCCGAGGCUUCCGUAUUAAUUGCGCCAGACGUCGCUGAGACGAUGUCGUCUUAUCUCGUAAAAACUGAUAUAGCCCUUUGCUGGCACGGGGAUAUGGCUGGAGUGCUUCUUUGGGCAACUUUGAUAGGAUCGGCUGUCGCGAGUCCAUUGAGAACACUAUCGGCGAAGCGGGCCAGUCCGUGGCUGCGCGUCACCAAUAUGUACUGCAUGAUUUUAUUGAGCACAGAGCACUCAGAUGUCUUCUUCGAGAACUGUAGGUGUAUGCUGUUCAUUCAGAAAGAGCUCAGAAAAGCAAGAGCCUCCCUGCAACUGCCUCAUCGUCUACGUGGCUCGACUGACUAG